AUGGACAAUACCGCCUCGAGUUCCAUCACCACCGAGAAAUUCCAUGGCAUAGAGAAGAAGCGCUCCUCACCCUCAACCAUAUCCUCUGUGACAUCAGCUGCCCGCUCAAUUGCGUCGGUGUUUAAUACCAGUAUACCUGGUGACAUCACAGAGCAUGAGCUACAGGAUUACCCUCACACUGGGCGUUCCUCGCUACAGACCGAUGCAGCGACUCUGCAUGUAAUGGGAGCUGGUGGAAACACCGGCGCAACGACACCAGUGUAUAGGGAUUCGUCCGAUUCAGACUCAACACUGACAGCAUCGUCUGUACCAUCUCGUGAGGGCUCGCCGCCGCUAGAGGAGCAGCAGGAGCGGGAGGAGGUGGUGGUGGUGGAGCAGGAGUGGUGGCUGAAGGCAUUUUGGGGGGACAAUAUCUCUGUGGUUGUCUCGUUCAAGCAUGCAAGGGAUCAUCUAGCCCUAGAACGUACUUACCUCUCCUACCACCGUACCGCCAUGGUCUUCGGCAUGCUCUCUGUCGUCACCGCCCAACUUACCAUCAUCAACCACGCGCCAAACCCCUCGCCCACCUUCGGCUUCCGUACGGUCGGUAAGCCACUCUCUGUCGUCUUGGCCUGCUGCGCCCUCAUCAUCAGUAUUGUUGGGGUGCUGCGCUGGUGGCGGCUCCAGAAUGGGCUGCUAAGAGGUGUGUCCAUAUCCGGUGGGAGAGAGCUGGUGGUUGUGGGUGCGAUCGUGGGUGCAGUGAUAGCAGGCACGUUGGGGUUGGUGGUAGCUGUCGAUAUUACAAAGGAGUAUUGA